ACGCCGUGUUGGCCGCUUUCAGCUUCCUCUCUGGUUCCUCUCUGAUAAGAACUAGGGAUCGGAAUAAAAUUUAGGUUUCAUAUGCUGUUUUUCAUAUAAUAGAUUAGGCUUGUUGAACGGAAUUUUUACCUUUCUUUCUUCUGCACUAUUCCACCAACAUGGAGAACUUGGAACAUUUCAUAGAGAUUGCACAGCAGAAGAGACUCAGUAAUCAACAGAAAUUAGAAGAACUUGACAAGAAAAGUGACGAGUAUAGGAAAAUAACAAAAGAAUUACGAGACCUGAAAAGGCAAACGAAAGAGUCGAAAAAUAAUAUUUUAAAGCAACUGAAUGUACUUGCAUCUCAUAGACGUACUAUACAUAAAAUUGUACAUUCCAUGGUCAAAACAGGCUUGCCCGUACCACAUAAAGAUAUACAAGAUGUGAAAACAAUGUUUGCUGAAGUCAUUAAAUUUCUGAAUAGUAUAGAAUCCACUUGUGAAACUUUGGAUAAUAUUAAAAAAAAUAUGAAUUAUUCAGAGAUGAUUGAAUUGUUGACAACAUGUACAGAAGAUGUAGGAAAUAAACUAUAUCAAACAAGGCAUCAUAUUAUGCAGCUGGAAAUAUUGAAGAAAGACUUAUCUCUACUUCAGAUUCCAAAUAAUAAUAGCAGUAAUAAUAGUGAGGAGGCCAUGGACUUGACCACAAAUGAUGAGUCAAAUAAAUCAAUGGAUAAUGAGUUAGCUAUAAAAUAAUAUAUAGAUCAAUGUUUAUUGUAGCAAAUAUACACAUUAUUACCUUUUUCACUCAAUAUGUAUUACACGUUAUUAAAAUUUCAUGGCAGU